GCCUCACCCCACUUCUGCCCCUUGCGGGGGGCCAGCGGGACCGGCCCUGCCUCGGCUUCCUGGGUCGGAAGCACUGGGCCCUCCCCCAUCCCCCUGCUGAACCUGGUGUCUCUGGGUACUGACAUUUCUCUCCUAAUCCCUCGUGGACCUCGUGUGGCCACAAGGAGCAGCUGUGGGGCCAUCCGGGGCCGGUUGCCGGGCCUGACCACAGAGCCACAGGGACGGGGCAGGACCCGCAUUUGGGCCCGGCCUCCCUUGCACAGCCCCCAGCCCUCCAAGGGCACAGAACUCGCCUCUCCUCCCUUCAGGAUGGCAGACGGGUGUACUCUGUGUGCGCCUGGCCCUGAGCCUUGCGUUCUCACCUGUGAAGUGGCUGCCACAGCCGUGCCCGCCCUGGGCACCGGAGCUGCUGGGCCCCCACCCCGCCAUGGAGCGCCUCAAGGGUGCCCUUUGGUGUCUGGGCUCCAGAGGUCUCCGGGCUCGAGGGGCCACAGGAGGCACAGAGGCUGAUCUUACCCAACGCCUCUGCUCACAUACCUUCAGGGACAGAAAGCUCACCCCUCCGCGGGCACCGCUGCACACACAUCCUCCCUAGCCUUCAAGGACAUGCUGGCCCCCAUGGCCUAAGCCCUCCCUCUGUCAGGGCAAGACCAAGCACCUCCGGGCCUCUGACCCGCGGGUCACGCCGCCGUGAGGGGUGGGCCCGGAGUGGGGAGGGUCAGCUGUGAUGGGAGCAGCCCGCAGCUGAGGAGGGAACUGCCGAGGAAGCGAGGUCAGAGGGGAAACCCAGCUCCGUUCAGCCCUGCCCUCUUCGUCAGGUGUGGCUGUGGGCCGGGGUGACACAGGACCCUCUGGGCGAGGAGCUGCCGGGGGUGGGCUCGGGCGGCAGGCUGGCGCUCAGCACAGCAUCCAUCCACACGCCCCCUGACGUGGCCUGCCCGGCACUCCUCAAUACGGCUUUCAAGAACCUUCUAAACCACUCUGUGCCAGCAGACCAGGCUGUGGUGGACACUUCCUGCCUUGGGGUCCAGCUGUCCGACCCCAGCCCACCCCCAACGUUUGGGUUCCCCAUUCCACUCUGAGCUGGAAAAUCGCUUCAUUGCAAGGAAAUGAUACAGGCAGGCGCUCAAGCAUAGGAAGAGAGAUCACUGGUAACAUCGUAAACCUGGACAACCUAGAACUAAUGCAAUGGUGGGAGGGAGGGGGCACACUUUGGGGAAAGAACGACAGGUGUGCUCAGGGCCUAAUGAACUUGGCUGACCUGGGAGAACAAGUCUUAGAACCCGGCAUCUGUGGGUGGGGAUGGGCCCAGGUGCCAGGAAUCGAAGGUUGAGAACCCAGGCUGGGCUCAGUACCCACCACUGUCACCAGCUGGAAGGGGCCGGACCUGGGGUCGGGGGAGGGAGGCUCUGACCCUAGGCUGGGUCCUGGCCCACUGACCACCCCAGGGAGAGCUGUGUUCAAACCCUGGACCCUGCAGUUACUAGCUGUGGGCCCUGGGCAAGUCACUUCCCUUGCCUCAGUUUCUCUACCUGUAAAAUGGAGAGAGUAAUAGUUCCCACCCCUCACGGGUGCCACGAGGAAGGACUUAAGAACAAUGCCUGGCAUGGAAUACGUGGAAUAAACACUCUCCUGGCCCCCCUGCAGAGGGUGUGAGAUUCUGCUGGAAUCCUCGUCAUAGAGGGCUGGCCGAGAAGCCCAUGAGAGUCUAGAGGCCCUGUGUAAACAGCUAGGGGUGCGGGCUGGCACCCCAGCAUUGCCCACAGCUCCGACCUGCGUGGAUGGGUGGGUGGCAACAGCUAACAGCCCUGGCUUUCUCCCAAAUCAGAGUGCCUCGCCUGUCACCACAUGGAGCGAUGGCUUUUCCAUGAGCUCCAGGCCAGAGCUGGCCAGCUCCGGCAGCCUCUUCCCCAGCCUUUCGGCAGCAGCCCACUCCUGGUUACUGAUCUACCUGCUGCCCCCGCCCCCCGGCUUGUCCUGCAGCCUCGUGGGUCAUUUGCUAUUGUUAUUACUAGGUCCUGCCCCUACACUGUUCGCAAGUUCUCAGCGAGUCAGAGCCAGACCGCCAUCUUCCAGAAGAGGAACCCGAGGUCCAGAGAAGGCCGGAGACUGCUGUGAUGCCCACACAGCAUUCAGGCUCACUCUGGCUUCGAGACCAGCUCCCCCAACUAUAAAAAUGGGAAUGUUGGCCCACGGGACUCCAGAGGCACAAAAUGCUAUGGGGAGGGGAGGGGACAUUGGCCUCAGACUGACUAAGGGCAAACCUCUGGUCCUUCCAGUCUCCGACAGGAAGAUGACGGGACAGCCUCUGGCUGAAAACCCCUGCCAGGAUCCAGCGGAUCUUUGGUUGGGAGAAAGGAGCUCAGCCUGCAGUAGAACGCGGGGUCGGGACGCUCUGGCUGCGCUGACUCCAGCCCUGAGCGUGGCGCUCACGGCUCCCCGUUCCGGCGUUGGGGCCUCUGCUGCACUCUGGCGGCCGGAGCGCGAGGCGCCCACCUCGCGCUGGCACGGCCGCCCGGGAGCAAAACCCGCCUGGGACGCGAAGGGGCCUACGCUGGGCCAGUUCGCAGAGCUGGCGAGAAGAUGGGCGGAGCCCGGACGCGGUGCCUAGCACCAGGCAAGCACAUGCCAUCACGCUGCCCAGUGUCGUUAUUCUCUGGCGAAGCUGCGUCCCAAAGAAAGUGAGUGUGUGCGCGUGUGAGUGCUGCGGUGGCAGGGGAGUGGGGGGUUCUUUGCCCUAGGCCAGAGGCACAGCCGGGACUGUGUCCCCGACGCCCUUAGGGCCGCUGAGCCCCGCGCAGCGGAGAAGCGAAGGGUCCGCGCGCCCGUAGCCGCAGGCAGACCCUGUACCGUUUCCUUCCCGAGCCCCGCGGGCGGGAACGGGCAGCGGCCCGCGGAGGUGGAGGGAGCGCGCGGUGGGGCCCGCGAGCGUGCGCACCGUGACGCGCAGAGGCUGGGCGGGCGCGGGGCGGGGCGGCCACGCGGGCUGCAUAUAAGGGCAGUCGCCGGACGCUGAGAGGCAGAGGUUUCGUCCCGAGCUCGAGCCGCGCCGCUCUGCCCCGUUCCCCCAGCCACAGUCGACUCGUCUCGCGGCCCCGCGCCCGCCCCCGCGGUCCCUCUGCUCAAUGAAAUUGGCCGCGAUGAUCAAGAAGAUGUGCCAGAGCGACUCGGAACUGAGUAUCCCGGCCAAGAACUGCUACCGCAUGGUGGUCCUUGGCUCGUCCAAGGUGGGCAAGACGGCCAUCGUGUCGCGCUUCCUCACUGGCCGCUUCGAGGACGCCUACACGCCCACCAUCGAGGACUUCCACCGCAAGUUUUACUGCAUCCGCGGCGAGAUCUACCAGCUCGACAUCCUCGACACGUCCGGCAACCACCCCUUCCCCGCCAUGCGGCGCCUCUCCAUCCUCACUGGAGACGUGUUCAUCCUGGUAUUCAGCCUGGACAACCGCGACUCCUUCGAGGAGGUGCAGAGGCUCAAGCAGCAGAUCCUCGACACCAAAUCUUGCCUCAAGAACAAAACCAAGGAGAACGUGGACGUGCCCCUGGUCAUCUGUGGCAACAAAGGGGACCGGGACUUCUACCGCGAGGUGGAGCAGCGCGAGAUCGAGCAGCUGGUGGGCGCCGACCCCCAGCGCUGCGCCUACUUCGAGAUCUCGGCCAAGAGGAACAGCCGCCUGGACCAGAUGUUCCACGCGCUCUUCGCCAUGGCCAACCUGCCGCGCGAGAUGAGCCCGGACCUGCACCGCCGGGUAUCGGCGCAGCACUGCGAGGCGCUGCACAAGAAGGCGCUGCGGGGCAAGAGGCUGCGGCGAGCGGGCGGCGACCAGGACGACGCCUUCGGCAUCUUGGCGCCCUGGGCGCGCAGGCCAAGCGUGCACAGCGAUCUCAUGUACAUCCGCGAGAAGGCCAGCGGCGGCGGCCAGACCAAGGACAAGGAACGCUGCGUUAUCAGCUAGGAACUCCCGCCCCGCGCGGACGCAGAGCCUCAGAAGACCCUCUUGUCCAAGAGUCAAGUGUCCGGGCCGUGCGUCCCGAGCCGCGUGCGCGCGAGCGCGGACGGGCGUCUUCCUUCCCAGCACUCCAGCCUGUUCACUGGGGAGACUCAAAGAAACCGAGAAGGGACCAUUAUCUGCUCCGGAAGGAAAGAGAGCUAGCUGAGCCCGGGCUUCCCCCACGUCCGAUCCCCCGUAGGCGCCCGCUAGCCCCACCCGCCCAGCAGAGGUUGAAUUUGCCUUGUUUCUCACAAAGACCUAAGAAUGGGGGUGGGAAUGGGAGUUAAUCAGCCACCACUGGGCUUUCAGAAAUGGGUCCUGCCAGCUGGAGGGCCAGGACAAAACGGGGCAUUAUCUGUGAUUGGGGGUUGCCAUGACAGCUGGCCUGAAACUGAGGGCGGGGUCCGGUCUAGGGAGUGCCUUGUUUACAUGUGUGUGCAACUGCACAAAGCAAAACACAGAACUUGCACUUUAUGGUAGUUCUGGUGUCACCACCUGACGUGAACAAAACCUUACCUUUGAAGUUAGUCUUGUUA